AUGACCGGUCGACGUUUUUACGAGAAAUCCAAGCGUUACAAUCUUCUCUUUAAACUCACGUUUCUGUCUGUAUUUGUCGCGAUCGCUAUACACAGUUUAUUUGCUUUCUUGUUGUUGAAAGAGGAGACAAACGAACGGCCGGAUUUCCUCGCCUAUGUUAUACAAGUGUUGGUUUGCAUGGUGAUUGGAAUGAUGGGAUUUCUUUAUGCGUUUACGCCGGUUCUAAAGAGUUUACAUCGCGUUAAUGCCAGCAAUAAUACGAUCGUUACUAUUAUCAUGAAUAAAACUACACAAUCUCCGCCUUCGUCUCCACGUCCUCUUCAUUAUUAUCAAACCGAUGCUGGACGAAAUAGUAGCAUUGUUACAGCAAAUAACAACAAUAGACAUAGUGGCAAUAGAACUAAUAGCAUAAAUAUGAGAAAUAGAAGUAACAGCGACACGAGCAACUCCACUGCUACCACAUCCCGUCUGCUAAAUCCCCAAAAUGCAGCAGUCGGAAUCUGGUAUAUGACUAUGAUCGGAAUACUCGCGAUUCUAUUCGCUACUUUCUACGCCGUAAUAUUCGGACUGGAUAAAGACCGAUUACCCUAUCUUCCUAUUUGCAGCGCCUUCGAUUUUCUAUUACGCACGGGUGUGCUGAUGGUUUAUGGAGUGCCGCCGUCGAAACGCGUGUUGGCGAUGUUGAUGGGCCAGAUGGUUGAUGUUGAUGAAAUCAUCGAGAGUGGCGAUGAUUACUUUGACUACGAGUGUGAUGAUGAGCAAGGGAUUAACGGUAGAAUUUUACAGACUUUGUAG